AUGGCCGCAGCUAGAGACAUUCGGUGUACAUGUAAAGUCUGUACCAGAAUUCGAGUCACGAUUGACCAAAUAUUUUGUGUUCUAGAUGUAUACGGCUGGCUGUUGAACUCUUACGUAGUGGAUUUUUUUCAAGAAAACUUAUGGGACAAAUUGCCGAAAAGUUGGAGGUUUGCAUUACAAGAUACAACUCCCGAAGAAUUUGGUAAAUGGUUGUCGGGAGACAUCUCGUGCGUACGCGUAUGGCCUUUGACUUUGCUUGCACUUCGUCAAGUCGCAAAUAUUUUACAAGUCAAUAGAGAUCACGAAGAUCCAAACAGUACUGUAGCUUGCGAAUAUAAUAAAACAAAGACAAGCAAUAGUAAUAACAAUGAAACCUUCAAAAAGAAUAAAAAUGAUGUAUUUGAUGAGUUGUAUUUUCAGGAUCAUAAAUUUAACAAUUUGUUUUCAAAGCAUAUAAAAAAGAAAAAGAGAUAUGAAAUACAAGAAAUUGCUCAAGUGUGUGCAGACUGUGCCUAUGAAGCUAAUUGUAAAUGUAUCGUUGAUAUUGGCUCUGGAAUGGGUCAUUUAGCACGUAUCUUAGCUUUUCAGUAUCAGUUGUAUGUUACUUGUAUCGAACAAGAUUGUAUAUUGUUAGAAAAGGCUAGGAAAUGGGAUAAAGAGUUGUUGAUGUCCAUAAGAAAGCAUAUACCUAACUUUCACCAAAAGUGUCCUCAACAUUUUACAGCUAAAUUAGAAUCCUCAAAUUUAGUUGAAUCAGAAUUAGCUAGUCAAUUAGAAGAAUUAUUUCAGAACGAGUUUGAUUUGAGUGGGACAGAAACUAAAUUUGGUCUUAUAGGACUUCACCCCUGUGGGGAUUUAGCUCAAAUAUUAUUAAAACUUUACUCAUCUAGAAGUGAAGCGAAAUUUAUCUGUAUUGUAGGAUGUUGUUAUAUGAAAUUAACAUUACAAUCAGAAGUAAGUGGAUUAAUAGGUUAUCCACUUAGCAAGUACCUGAUGUUACGUAAAAAUCAUUCUUUAAGUUAUACAUCCUUGGAAAUAGCUUGUCAUGCUAUUGAAAAAUACUGUGACAAAUUAAAGACUGGGGAUUAUGAAGAUUUAAUAGUGCAUACUUAUAGGGGAAUAUUAAAAACUAUUUUAGUAAAAAAAAGUGAGAAAUUACGUAAUAGACAAUUGAGAAGUGUUAAAGUAACAAAAGGAAUGACAUUUAAACAGUAUUGUAACGCAGCUACAGCUCAUUUCGAAACUUAUUUACAGCUACAAGAUUCCGAUAUUAACAACGAAAGGAUUCUCGAAUUUUUAAAUCGAUGGAAACAAGUAAUAGUGUUUGGAUCACUUCGAAUGAUGUUGGCGCCAUUGGUGGAAACUAUUGUCUUAUACGAUAGAUUUCUAUUUCUGUCCGAGAAAAAUUUGGCACCAACACUAAAGCCAGUGUUUGAUAGUAGAAUGUCACCAAGAAAUUUAGUGUUAAUGUCUAGGAAAAAUAACUAA